AGCUCGUCUCGCGCGUGCGCAGUACUGUCCGAGUUUAUCGAAGAUGUCAUUCGCCAGGAGACUGCUCACAAGCGCCACUAAAACAGCGUCAUUUCACCUUCUCAAAGUUGAGACCGUGAGAGCAUGUUCAGCUCCUCUCAGCUCCAGCAGUGCCUCCUCUACCAAAGAGGAGCAUCAGACCCCAUCCAGCAGUCCGGCCGAGAGCAUCCAGCUCAGUGAAGCCUGUGUCAAGAGACUCGCUGAGAUUAUGGAGAGGGGAGAGUAUCUGAGGAUAGCAGUGGAGGGAGGCGGAUGUUCGGGAUUCCAGUAUAAAUUCUCAGUGGACAGUGUUAAAAAUGAAGAUGACAGAGUGAUUGAAAAGAAUGGUGUGGGGAUAAUAGUUGACCAGGACAGUCUGGAGUUCGUCAAAGGAUCCACCAUUGACUUCAGUCAGGAGCUCAUCCGUGCCUCCUUCCAGGUGUUGAAGAACCCACAGGCUGAACACGGCUGCUCAUGCGGCUCGUCCUUCUCCGUCAAAAUCUGACGCCCAUCCUCUCUUCAUCACAGCGUUAUAGUUUAUGAAGUCGCUCUUGUGUGCAUAGUUAUGUGCUUACAGAAGAUCAGCCAGAAGCAUGAUGAUAAGCUUACGUGAGGGGUUCUGAUGUGCUAAAUAUUAAAAUGACCACAGAGGAUGUAAUAGAAGAAAAAACUCAAAUCAGACUCUACAGUUGUUGGUGUGUUGUGUGUGUAUAUAAGGAAGAUUGUAAAUAUAUUUCUAAUAAAGUUAUAAUAUAAUAUG